UGAUUAUUAUAAUGGGCGCGUCUGGAUCGGUCGCGUCGCCCGUCGGGUGUCGUUUGUCGGUUUCCUCCUCUCAAUCAGCGUGAUCGAGCACCUGUGCUUGUGUGUGACCCAUGCCUGUUGCUCAAGUGUGUAUUUUGGAGAAAUCGCCAAUGUUUUGAGGACGCGUUCCGGAUAGAUGCAUUGUUUGUGUUGUCCUGAUCUCAGCGCAUCCUCCGCCAGCAUCUGAUGAAGUUUGGGCGCGUUUUGCACUAUGUGAUGCGCUCGAUGUGAUCAGCUCACCGGCGUGUCUUUUGGGAAGAUCAUCGAAAGCAAAAGCGCUUGAUUUGUUUGUGUUUCUCCGCGAUGUCAAUCAAGAAAGCAUCUUUGACGGAAAACGGGGUUAAAAACGGAACGUCCAGAAACGUGCUGGAGCGAUGCGCCUCGGUCAAUGAGUAUUUCGAUAUCGCCUUCAAGGUGAUGCUGCUGGGAGACUCUGCAGUGGGGAAGACCUGUGUCCUGGUGCGCUUUAAAGAUGGCGCCUUUCUGGGAGGCAACUUCAUUGCCACAGUGGGCAUAGACUUUAGGAAUAAGGUGGUGACUGUGGACAACAUGAAGGUCAAACUCCAGAUUUGGGACACGGCCGGUCAGGAGCGUUUCCGCAGUGUAACUCAUGCCUACUACAGAGACGCUCAAGCUCUACUGCUGCUCUACGACAUCACCAGAAAAUCCUCCUUCGACAACAUACGAGCCUGGCUGACUGAGAUCUAUGAAUACGCACAGAAGGAUGUGGUCAUCAUGUUGCUUGGCAACAAGUCAGACAUGGCUGCCGAGAGGGUCAUUACACAUGAAGAAGGAGAAAAGCUGGCCAAGGAAUAUGGAGUCCCUUUCAUGGAGACAAGUGCCAAGACUGGAGUCAAUGUGGAGCUCGCUUUCCACGCCAUAGCAAGAGAACUAAAGCACAGAAACCUGCAGCAGCCUCACGAGCCCAAGUUCAAGAUCCACGAUUACAUCGAGUCGCAGAAGCAGAAGUCAAACUGCUGCGGCGGCAUUAUGUGAUACUUAUCUCUACGCCACACUCAUUUGUGCACAAAGACACCUAUUUGUGUGUGUGUGUGCUUGUUUAUGUGAUAUAUGAGGACAAAAUUUGUAUAAUGACCUAGGUAUUACAAUGUUGAGGUGAUUUAUGAGGACAUGCCUUGUGUCCUCGUAAUUUAAAACGCUUAAAAAUCACACUUAACUGUGUUUUUUACAAUAUAAAAUACAUGACGCCUACGGAGAGUCCUCAUAAAUCACAUAAACCAACCUGUGUGAGAGAAUGAGGCGUCUCGAUGGGUGCGAAUUAAUUUAUUUUCCCUCCCAAAUCCCUGUUCGCUUUUGUAGUCAGGAAUCAACAGCCAAAUACUGCUGAGGUGCAUCAGAGUAAUAUACGUUUCUGGACGUCAAGAUGUCUAUGGCAAGCCGUUUGGACAUUUAAUCAAUAACUUAUACGAGUAUCUAUUUUUAUGUUACUAGUGCUUAUUUUUUAGAUACUAGUAUCUUUUCCAUCUAGUACUAUACUUAUUCAUUAGAUACUACAGGUUAUUUAUUACAUGCUAGUGCCUAUUCUUUAGAUACUAGUGCUUUUUAAAAAUAAAUUAGUGCUUACUCAUUAGACACUAGUUCUUUUUAUCAGAUACUAGUACUCAUUCAUUAGAUACUAUUACUUAUUAAAUAGAAAAAAGUACUUAUUCAUUAGAUACUAGUACUCAUUCAUUAGAUACUAGUACUUAUUCCUUAGAUACUCGUACUUAUUAAAUAGAUACUAGUACUCAUUCAUUAGAUACUCGUACUCAUUCAUUAGAUACUCGUACUU